AUGAAUCUUGAAUCUUCAGAUAAGUCUGCUAUUGACGCGCUCGAGCUCAGUACGGCACUGGCUCGGCUUGGGCUCAGUCAGUAUGAAGAGCGCCUGCGAGGAAACGGCUUUGAGGAUUGGGAUAGCGUGACAGCAAUCACCGAAACCGAUUUGGCCGAGUUAGACUUCAAGCGGGGUCAUCGCCGAAAACUCCAGCAUGCAAUACGCGAAUACAACAGUUCAAGCGUACCUCAUGAAGAGUAUGGGGCGACAAACCCUGUUCUAUCAUUCGGAGGACAACCCGCUGUUGGUAAUGGAAAAGAUUCUGAGGAAACGCCACAAUCAUCACAGCAGAUAGCGCGUACGACUAGACCGUAUCGACGGCACCCACGACCAGAUCUUAAUGCUCCCCAAAGGCCUAAAACAGCUUAUGUGCUCUUCGGCGAGCAUGUCCGACAAGAUCCAGCACUCAGUAAUUCGUCUUUUACCGAAAUCUCCAAGGAAACAGGAAAACGUUGGAGGGAAUUGUCUCAUGAAGAACGAGUCGACGUCUGGGAUACGCCAGCUGAUAAUAGACUGCAAGAAUACAGAACAGAGUUCGAGCGCUACAAGCAAACAGAGGACUACCGGCGCUACCAAGCAUACCUUGAAGAAUUCAAGCAACGGCAACAACAUCCAGAAUUAGCAUCACCGUCAAAUAACAGAGCCUCGCCCACUCGGGAAUCCGCAAGUUCUAGUCAGCCAAUUGUCUUGCUCGAAGAACUUGAAGCUAUGUACGAAGAGAGCAGGGCAACAGACGAUCUAGAUCUGGGAAGUCAGUCGCAAGAUACGGAAUCGCCCAUCAAUCUUGGGAUAGCGGAAGUGCGUCAUAUCUCAAACGCUCUUGGUAUCAACGCCAACUUGACCAGAGUUGCUGCGUUUCCAUCAGAAGAGAUGACAAACAAAGCUCUUAGAACAUUCCUCGAUGGCACAGGCUCGCUUCUAUUCCUUUGGGACCGGGACGAAGCCUUGAACCUUGUGAGAUCUGUUUACCACCCACAAAGCAACUCCAAACCGAUACUCGCUACCGAGGUAUUCGCAAUGUCAGCAGUAGGAAGCUAUUGCGAUGCAGGGUCUCUUACGAUGUUGGUCCAGGAGAAGUUCCUACAUUUCUUCUUGUAUAUGCUGUCCUUACCUUCAGACAUAUAUGGCUUACGCUACAUGCGUCUUUUUGCCUGCCUAGCGAUAUGUCGUUUUACUAACAGCGUGGAAAGCGCCAGGAGGCUCAUGUUAUCAGCCCUCAACAUAGGAAGGCAGGCACUUACGUCAUCAUCAUUCGAAGUCGAAAAUCCCGGAGGGAAAGCACACCAUUGGCGGAAUGUGUUUCGAAGUGUCAUAUUUCUAGAAAGCUGGUUUUCGUACAACACCGGCAACAAAUCGCGGGUUACCGAACAAGACCUGACCUUCUAUCGUCCUUCUUCUCCGAACGCAGAAGAUGGGCGUGGUGCCCUUCAUGAACGCGUUAGCGAACUUGGCCGAUUAGCUGCAUAUAUAGCGCUUGACUUGAAGACAGCAAAUCGACCAAAAGUCGAGCAGACUUCAGUCCAUUUUGAGUCCCUUAACGAAUGGCACCGUACCCUUCCGCCGCCAAUGCAACUGAGCCGACUCAGUCUUGCAGAUCCUUUUACUAUAAACUGGUCUACAAAGCGGUCUCUUUUGCAGCUGCACAUACUAUUCCUUGGCUUGUUUACUGAGCCAUAUCGGAACCAUUUGCUUGAUCUUGCGUUGUCCCGUUUAGACAAUGCCCCAAUAGACCCGGAGCAUGCGGAUGCUCUACUUCACGUCGAAGAGCAAUGCGUCUUAGCGGCACGACAAUCUGCUCGGGUAGCGUCGAUACUACAGACCGACAACUUGAUUAGGUCACACUGUUGGGUUUCUGUUUAUACCAGCUAUACUGGCUGUGCGAUACUUCUCCUCAGCGCUUCGCAGAGACUACUUGAGCUAUCUGCAGAACAGUGCGUUCAAGACCUGUUGUACGCAACUCCGCAUUUGAGUGCUCUCUCAUUUUGCAGCUACGACAAUCGCAUAGCAAGAAACCUCCAUGGACGACUUCAGAUCCUUUUCAACGAUAUUAGAGAGAUUAGCGUAUCGCCGAUUUAUCGCACAAUGUGCGAGCUGCAUAUCGUCGUCAAAGAACAAGCAUUCGUGUUGCCUGAAAAUUAUGACGCCGUUGAAGGGGCAAAAGAGCUUAGCCAGAUCAUAUUGGGCAUAACAAGAAACAGCAUAGGUCUACUUCAGGACAGCCUAAACUUUUAG